AGAUCUCAUUCCCCUUCAUCUUCUUCGCACUCCAGACCCUCUUCUUCCCGUCUAUACCUGGUGAAAAAGCUUGAAGACGGUUUUCCCCAAAAUUUCCCUGCCCCGCAGUUCCCCUGGAUUUACAUCAUGUGGGCAGAAACCGCCUCCUUUCCUUCCCCACUCAUUGCGAAUUCGCCAACGAACUAUAGAAGCCAUAAAGACUAGAGGCUGAGAUCCCUCUACGAUUUUCCUCUGGCGAGCAAAAUCAUGGUUAGAAGAAUCUGGUGGCUGUGACAAAAUUUUGCUCCGAAUCCCUAAAUUCUCAAUUCAACUUCCUUAUCCAAACUCAUGGUCAUGGGUCCUUUCUUCUUCGUUUUCUUCCUUAUUUCAACAAAUCAGAAUCAAUUACCCUUUUUUUUUCCGCUACGAUCUCAAUUCAUGGCAUCGCCAAGGUUGGAGCCGACUUUGAUCUACUGGAUGAAGAAGGUCGAGGUGGAUUCUCAGAUCCAACGGAUAUCGGGGGGUUUUAGCACUGGCUGCAUGGAUCUGAUUACGGGAUGCGAUCUCUUAAUAGCAUUCCAAGGUUUUGACUCCUGGUGGUCUAGGAGAUGAUAAGGGGUUAGAUCUUGCUACAGUGGGUUAGAUCUUGCUACAGUAAAAGUUCAGGUUUGUAGAGAUCCGGGACCUGUUGUGAGGGAGCUUAUGUCCAAUUUCGAAGAUGUUUACGGAAAAGGUAUAUAUCUUUCAAUUGUGUCUUUUCUAUUGGAAGUAAGUUAGGCUUAUGUUUUUCAAUUGUGUCUUUAUGUUUUCUUGUGUGAUUUCUCUGUCAAAGUGUCAAGUCUCCAGCUUGCCCAAUUCUGAAAAAAAAAACCCCACUUGUUCUUAGACAAUAAUCUCUGUCAAAGUGCUGCUUUUGGUUCCAUUUCCAUAAUUUGGUGUUAGCUUGGCUUUGGUGUACUGUCCUGCCAGCCACCAAAUUUAAAGUGCGAUAUCCCUGAUCCUCCCGGUUUCGCUCGUGCCUCUAUAGAUCAGGAUGAUUCUGCACUGUGUAAGCAAAAGAAGGACGCUGAGGCUAAUUGGAAAUCCCAGGUUCUGUUGAAAGACAGCCUUUGAGGAAUGCAAGCAAGGAUCACCUGAGAUUGCUCCAAGGAUUUCAGGUAGUCCUACUACCCUUUGUUUGGCCUUUUGUUAUUCAAUUGUGUUAAGGCAUAAUGAAUGGACAGCAUGAAAUGGUAAAACUAAUAUCCAUACAUAUAUGUGAACAAAGUUUAUAUUUCCUCCAAUACAUUUCAUUCUGCAAUUCUAUUUAUAAUUCCAUGUGGUAGGGUGUAAUGGUGUAUGAACCAUGAGCUGUAUAUAUGCAAUACAAUACAUGCCAAAAAUAAUGUUUUGAGAUAUGCUGAAAUCGUUAAUGGUAGAUGAUGUAGUUCAUAACCCAAAACUGUUUGCAUUGCAUUCUGUAUAAUGCACUGGUGACAUCACCCACCAAAGAUGUCUCCAUUAGCCUCUGAUCUCUACUGUUGGGGUGGAAUUGGGACAAAGAUUUGGUUGGUGGUGAAUGCUGGUACAUUCAGGAAUACAAAAGCAUCACCGACAAUUAAUUCAAAUGGUGGGGCCAGCAUCAAGAUGGUUUCUGGGUGCUGCAUUUGAGCACCGUAUUCAGCUAGGCACCUGAGGCUUUGUCACCUGUAUAUGAUAUUUACAUCUUGCGCCAAUGGAUUUCCAUGGUAUGCAAAAAAAUUCUGUUGGUCAAAAAAUUUUAUACAAGUUAUGAAUAGAGCUUUUAAAAGAGGAGUUUAUAGUUUAGCUGAUCAAAGGUAUGUGCUUCAUUCAUAUUAAGUGUGGUGAUCUCAAGUGAGCUAUUGUCUUGCUGUGAGUGUCACUAGGUGGAGUGCAUUCAGCUUGGAGUCUGCAUAAAAUGAAAUCAGCUUAUUAGUGUGCACAUAGUAAAUUCAUCAAAAGAAAAAAAUGAGGGGGCAGAGGGUUAAAGAGUAAAGGGAAUACGCCAUGAGUGGUUGUAGAAGGGUCCAAAAAUUUGUUGAAGUUGACCCCUCAGAACAGCAAGAUCGAUCCUGAUCCUUUGCCUGUGUUGAUGGAAGUUUAAAUUUAGGUUCAUCGGCUGUCCCAAAUGUCCAUGUUUAUAAAUUGUGAGUGUGUUCCUUGCGCAGUCCAUACCAACAUGCUCCUGCAUGUUUGGGUGGUUUUGGUACACAAAAGAUUAUUAUAAUGGGUAGUUCCCUUCUUUCAUUUAGAAAACCUUACUUCUAUAAAUAGUGGAGUUAGGGAGUGGCAUGACUCAUUGGUUGUCAUUAGGGAGAGGAAGACCUAAGUCUCAAUACUAACUAUAUUUGUUUUGUAGAAUGGAAUUAUGAUGAUCCUUGGUGAUCUUUGGAUAACAUAGUGAUUAUGGAGAUUAAGGUAUGCAAUUUAUUUAUUUUGUUAUAUCUUAUUACCCUAAAUUCUACACAUGUUGAUCAUUAAAUUUUAACAUGUGCUAUCAGAGUGGUUAUGUGUGAUUUAGGAUCUAGAUCGUAAUUAUUUAAAAUUGUUUCUUGUAUAUAUGUUUCUGGAAAGUUGGGAUGAAAUCUUUUGUUUUCAUAAAUUGUUGAUGCUUUG